CAGAUUUUCAUGAUGCCACGGAGCUCCUGCAUUUUUAUAGCAGAGGCCAAAAAACAAUUAUAAGGCCCGGAAAAAGUUUUAAAUUUUGGUAGAUCAAGCUCUGUGAAUUCUUGUUGUCAAAAAGCAAGUUCUGUCAAUUCUGAUAAUGAAUACGGCCCAAAAAAAUGUCGAUUUUGAAUAGUUAUAAAUCAAAAAAUUGUGAGCGGUCGACAAUUGCAGUUCGAAGUCUGACCCUGAGAGAGACAGACCCGAAACAAACAGAAAUCUGUGGAAUCUCUCGAGUCUGAACCAAUCCAUUGGCUCUGGUGCUUCGAGUUUUGCUCUAUUUUCUGCAGAAUGUGGCCAUUUUCUUCUUAGGGUUUCGCUUGCCGCUCUCCGUCGCGCCAUCACUAACUUCUCAUCUUAAGGUCCGCCAUCUUUACACAUAUUUGGGAAUUCGUCAUGGAUGACGGUGAGCUUGAUUUCCCAAAUCAAGGAACAUUCUCCGGUCCAAACAUGGAAGAACUUCAGAGUACUGGCUCAAUGGAUAGUUUCUUUGAAGAGCUUUUAAAGGACGCACAUGCUUGCACGCACACUCACACUUGCAACCCUCCUGGCCCUGAUAAUUCACAUACCCACACUUGUUAUCAUGUGCAUACCAAAAUUGUUCCCGCACCUUCUGAAGAAAAGGCUGGCACUGAUGAUAGUGCUGGUACAGAUUCUGCAGAAAAGAAGCCAAAAAAACGUUCUUCAGGUAAUCGUGAAGCAGUUCGCAAGUAUCGUGAGAAGAAGAAAGCCCGAGCUGCAUCUUUGGAGGAUGAGGUUGUAAAAUUGAGAGCUUUGAAUCAACAUUUGUUGAAGAGGUUGCAAAAUCAGUCUGCUUUAGAGGCUGAAAUUGCAAGACUAAAGUGCUUGCUAGUAGACAUUCGAGGAAGGAUUGAUGGGGAGAUUGGAUCAUUUCCAUAUCAGAAAUCAACUAAUUUGAACCCGCCAACUGCACACUCGUCUGGUUCCUAUUUGAUGAAUCCUUGUAAUGUGCAAUGUGGUGAUCAGGUGCAUUGUCUUCAUCCAGGAGCAGAUGGCAAGAAUACAGAAUAUUUAUCAACUGACGGGCAAGGAUUGAAUGGUUGUGAAUUUGAAAGCAUCCGCUGCCCAGCAAACCAGAAUUUGGGUCUCAAUGAUCUUUCUGGCUGUGGAGUUGGACAGGAGGUGUCCAAUAUCAAGUCUUCUAAAGCAAAUAAAAGAAAAGGGCAAACUUAAGCCACCCACAAUGGCUAGUUGAAGAGGCAAUGACAUGGCAAUGGUGGUUUUCAUCAUCCUCGUGGUACAUACUUCCUUCUAAUAAGUUGUUGCCAAUUGCCGCAUCAGCUAUCCAUCAGGUCAUUUUGUAGUUCUGAUCUUUGCUUAGGAAAAUUCAUUUCUUUCUUUUUGACCCUCUGAUGGGUUACUUAGGUUGGGAUGGCUAUUCUAUAAUGUUAGAUCAAACUUUGCUGGCUAUGGUUGGUUUAGAUAUUAUUUUGUCCUACAUUGACGUUUUUAUUAAGCUAAAACAAUAGUGCAUGCGUAGCCAGCAGAGCUAUGGCUGAUAGACUUUGCUGUGUGAUCAUACAUGGACUUAUUUGAGUUGGUGCAAGAGGCCAUCUAAGUGAAUGUUGCGCAACGAAUUUGUCGAUGCUGAAUUACAGAACUUAGGGAAGCCGAUGUGUUAACAUUCAAUAUUUUGUGCUGUGGGCAGGUGAGACACAAGUAUCGAUUGUGUAAUCUGUAUAUUUGGUUUGUGAAACGAUAAUUUCGUCUUGCUUAGUUUUCAGCAUUCUUCGUCCUUACCCAUUCAUUAAUCUGAAUGACAAGUUCCUUUUGCAUUUUGCUGGACAAGGGAUGCCCAUUAUUGGACAAGUGAUGCCCAUGGAACUUUGCCACCUAUAGGCCCCGUUUGGUUGGACGAAAUGGCAAAACGUAUGGCAGACCGAAGGACAGGAGACUUGUUUGUAGGCCUUGGUAUUUCUGUUUGGCAGUGAGGGAAGCAACAGUUCAAUCAUCCUUGGGAGCCCUUUCUCUAGCAAUUGACUGUGAGUUGUUUCAUCCCGUCACUGGGAGAUGUUUCCCGGGAAAUCUAGCAUUGUCACUGACAAAAAAAACCCAUCAGACAUAGCAUGAAAUUCGUUGAACAGCGGAAACACAAAGGUCGUACAAAUAGCUUCGAUUGGCAUCCCAUAUUCGUUGGCGGAGUUUGAAUCAAAUUUCUAGGUAAAAUCUACAAAUUUUGAAGAGAAAACAAACCAAUCAAAUCCACCUUCAUAAUCCACAAUCAACUGGUAGCAUCAUUUCAGUUCAAAAUCAUAUGAAUAUGUUUUUUCUUUAUUUGAAAUACCGAGAGAAAAAUACGGAACCACUUCGCCCUCCACUCUCUUUUCUGCCGGCAAUGAGAUCACUAUCGUCAUCUCUGACAAGACCCCUCGUUGUAGGCCAAGACAGUGGUUGAAACAGAAGGGGCAAAAAUGUUCAACCGUUACAAUUGAAACAUCAGGGCUUUGCAUGAACAUUAAGCGGUUGAUGUAGAGAAAAUCCGGUUUUGAUGAGUUUCAGCUUCUUAGGGCGUAGAAGGCAAAAAAUUAUGUGGGUUUUCUCUUUCGACCGUUAUAAAGGGGGUUAAAAAAUAAUACCCGACCCAGUUUGUAACCCAGGACCCUCGUGCUUUUUCUCAUGGGCAAGGAUAUUUUAUUUUGAGUAGUAUUUUAUAUUCUUGUCCUCCUUUUCUUUCAUUCUAUACAAAUCAAACGUUCUUUCUAA